CCCGGACACUUCCUGGCGGCGAGCGGCGGCCGCGUGCGGGAGAUGGCGGCGGGCGGCGGGGGUGGCGGCGGCGUCGGGGGGCUUUUCGCCGGGUUCCGCGCCCUCGGCCGCUACUCCAGCCACGUCCCGCACGUCCUGCGCUACCACGGCCGGCACCGCGAGUUCUACGUGGCCACGGCCGUGGGGCGCAGCGUGCACACCUACAACGUGAAGAAGCUCGGGAUCGUUGCUGUCAGCAAUGCUUUGCUUCAAGACAUUACUUGUUUGGCAGCGGACCGCAUGUUGAUAUUUGCUUCAUAUGGUGAUGUUUUCCAUGCUGUUGCCAGGAACAAAGAGGUAGUCCAUACCUAUGAAGGUCACAAGGCAAGAAUACACCUUCUGCAGCCUUUUGGUGAUCAUGUCAUCUCUGUGGAUGUUGCUAACGUUCUUAUUGUUUGGGACAUACAGUCGGAAGAGGAAUAUCUUCAAGUGGUUUUUGAUAAAGCUACUUUUGCAGUUUCUGCAAUUUUGCAUCCAAGCACCUAUUUGAAUAAAAUUCUCCUUGGGAGUGAGCAAGGGGGCUUGCAGCUGUGGAAUAUAAGAUCCAACAAACUCUUGUAUUCAUUUCCAGGAUGGGGCUUAGGGGUCACAACUCUUGAACAAGCCCCAGCUGUGGAUGUUGUUGCAGUUGGUCUUGUAUCUGGUCAUAUUAUUGUACAUAAUAUUAAGUUUGACGAAACUCUUAUGAAAUUUCAACAAGACUGGGGCCCCAUCACAGCAAUAUCUUUUCGUACAGAUGGACACCCGGUAAUGGCAGCUGGUAGCCCUGUUGGCCACAUUGCUUUGUGGGAUCUAGAAGAAAAGAAACUAAUUAGUCAAAUGCGAAACGCCCAUUCCACAGCGAUAGCUGGUAUGUCGUUUGUCCCUGGAGAGCCACUUCUUAUUACUAAUGGUGCUGAUAAUGCUAUAAGGGUGUGGAUUUUUGAUGGACCUGGUGGCACAGGUCGUGUAUUGAGAAGUCGAAUGGGACAUAGUGCACCACCAACAAAAAUCAGAUACCAUGGACAAAAUGGAGAGCAAAUUCUCAGCGCAGGUCAAGAUGGAACAUUGCAGUCUUUUUCAACAGUGCAUGAAAGAUUCAAUAAAAGUUUAGGACGUGGUUCAAUUAACAAAAAGAAAUCAAAAAAGAAGGGUCUUCAGCAUGAUACAAUGGCACUUCCACCAAUUACAGCCUUUGCUUCGGAAGUGGCACAUCAAAGUGACUGGGAUGGUAUUGUUGCCUGUCAUCAAGGGUAUAUAACCUGUACAACCUGGAACUAUCAGAAAACUUCUAUGGGAAUUCAUAAACUGAGGCCAGAAGAAUUUAGCAAAAACAAGCCUGUUGAUAUAUAUGCAACAGCUGUUGACAUUACCAGCUGUGGAAACUUUGCUGUAAUUGGGAUGUCAACAGGACGGGUAGAUGUAUAUAACAUGCAGUCUGGUCUUCACAGAGGGUGCUAUGGCAAAGAAAGAGCACAUGAGGGGUCCAUACGGGGGUUAGCAGUGGAUGGAUUAAACCAGCUUACAAUCACAGCUGGUAGUGAAGGGUUAAUUAAAUUUUGGAAAUUUAAAACUAAAGAUCUAGUUCACUCCACUGACCUUUCAUCUUCUCCAAGUGGAAUUCUUCUUCACAGAGACAGUGGUAUUCUGGGAAUUGCCUUUGAUGACUUCAGCAUCAGUGUUUUCGAUAUAGAAACCAGGAAGAUUGUCAGGAAGUUCUCAGGACACCAUGGACGGAUUAAUGACAUGACUUUCAGUCCUGAUGGUCGCUGGCUAAUAACUUCGUCAAUGGACUGUACCAUUAAGACUUGGGACCUUCCCUCCGGAUGCCUCAUAGAUUGCUUUCUGCUAGACUCUGCAGCAGUGAGUCUGACUAUGUCUCCUACAGGAGAUUUUCUAGCUUCAGCACAUGUGGAUGAUCUUGGAAUUUAUUUGUGGUCAAACCGUUCUCUGUAUUCACUUGUUUCUUUACGGCCCCUUCCAGCAGACUAUGAACCUUCUAUGGUAACGCUCCCUGGCACUUGUCCUCUGCAAGAUGUGGAUGUGGCAGAAGGUGAAGAAACAUGUGAUGAGAUGAUAGAAUAUGACUCACCUGAGCAAUUGGGAGAACAGCUGGUGACCCUUUCCUCAUUACCUGAAUCAAGAUGGAAAAACCUUCUCAAUCUUGAUAUUAUCAAGAAAAAAAACAAACCAAGAGAGCCACCAAAAGUUCCCACAUCAGCCCCUUUCUUCAUCCCAACAGUUCCUGGUCUUAUACCCCGAUAUGCUGCUCCAGAGCAAGAAAAUGAUGCACAGUCAAAAGUGGUAAGCAUUGGAGUGCUGGCACAGAAAUCGGAUUUCUACAUUCAUCUUGAAGAAUCCCUGAGCACCAACAAAUAUACAGCUCCAUUUAACAUGCUGAAAGACCUGGGACCAUCUAAUAUUGAGGUAGAACUAAGGAGUUUGGCCCCCGAAGGUGGUGGCUCUGUGGAGGUGAUGCUAAGCUUUUUGAGAAUGAUUGGGAUGAUGCUGAAGAAGAAGUACAACUUUGAACUUGCUCAAGCAUACCUUGCGCUAUUUUUAAAGUUACAUCUUAAGAUUGUCUCAUCAGAGCCAAGCCUACUGGAAGAAGUAUCCAGAUUGUCAACUCAACUUGAAGAAACCUGGAUUCAUUUGCGAACUCUGUUCAAUCAGAGUUUAUGUGUCUUAACAUACAUGAAAAGUGCUUUACUGUAAAUUAUUUAAGAGUUUGACAAUAUAAAAAUCGCCUCAGAAAAAUAGUACAACUUAUUGCCAAAAAUACCAGAUUACAAGAAUUAUACUGGGAAUUCUGAUGUAUUUUAUUCAUCUGUUUAUGGCAAAGUAUUUUAGAACAUGCAUAACUGAAUAUUUUGUUCAGUUCAGGCAAAAAGUAGUACAUGCAGCUUAAAUGUACAUGUUGCAUUAGUUUCUGUUAUCAAUGAAUAAACAGUUGGAAGACCGUAGAUAAGGUAACUAGUAAUGUUUUCAUGACAAAAAAUGUAAAUCAGAAAGAAGAAAUAAAUACAAAAAGUGGGAGUGUAUUUUCUGUACAGGAGACCAAAACUUCUAUUGUGCUUAAUAAAUCAGUAUUGUUGAUGCAAAAAUAAAAAGCAACUGAAUUACUAACAAAUUCUUAACGUUGGCUUAAAUUAGCAAAGGAAUAUAAAAAUUUGUAUCACUCUAAAAUCAGAAAAUCAAAGUGCUUUUUGUAUAAAGUUUGUAAAAGUUCUUAUGUUGGCAAACUAUGUUCACUAUUUUGCUUCAGACACUUAUUUCUGACACCAGGGAUUUCUAGCUGCACUGCAAAUAAUGGAAGUUUGAAAAAAAAUAAACUUUUUUUUAUAACAA